AUGGUGCGUAUGUUGGAAGAGUGCAACCCGAACGUUCCGGUAACGGGGGAGGGGUUGUGCGAUGCGAAGGUGGAGAAGCACUACAUUAACCCAAGUUCGUCAGUGGUGUCUCAGUUCGAGUUGAAGGAUUCUUCCUGUUCGAGGAGUAUCUUCACUUCGGUGAUUUUGUUGCGUGCGAUUACGUUCUUGGGCAUGGCGGGCAGCGCCUUCCUGUUGAUGCCGCUGGCGGAUAAGUUGGGACGCAAGCCGAUGACUAAUUUGGGGUCAUUGUGUUUCUUCUUCCUGCAGAUUUUGUCGUCCUUUUCGCCUUCCGUCUACUUUUACAGCGUCUGCACGGCGGCUGUAAGCGUAGUGCUAGCCCUCAUGCUAAUCCCCACGGCCGUGACGGCGGCUGAGCUCAUGCCCACCGGCAGCAGACACUACCUGGCGUUGUCACAAGUCAUCGGUUUCUCUCUCGGCGGUGCGUACAUUGCUGUGGUCUCCUACUUCGUGGAGAGUUGGCGCACCAUCACGCUCUCCACAAUUGUGCCCUGUGUCUGGCUCAUCGGCGGCUGCGUCUGGAUCACCGGCCUCUAUGUCGAGUCGCCCAAGUGGCUCGCCUGCAAGGGUCGCAUGGAGGAAGCCUAUCAAAUUUGGAACCACAUCGCGCUCUACAACAAAGUUGACGAACGCGACAUCAUUACUCUCGAAGAAUUCAUCCGAACCGAAGUCGAAAGCUCCCGUGCAACCGUCAUACGCACACCUGAAGAACUUGACGAAGAACUCUCCCUCAUGUCCGUGCAGUACCUCGCCGCCCCGGACUCCGUCGUCAAGGCCUGCUCCUCCUUCCCAACCUCCGUCUGGAUCGCCACACUCGUCUGGGUUUGGGUUGCCGCCACCACCGUCUACUCCGGCAUCUGGCACACCAGGUACCACCCCCUCAUCGAAGAACUGAUGCUCAACUCCGCUGAAGCUCCACUAGCGCCUCCGGUGAACCAACCAGCCAGACUACUCCAACCAAACCUGCCGUUCUCUCUACCGGACCAGCUGCCUUACUCCACCCCGCUACACUCCCGCCUCCCCUACUCCAACGCCGCCCACCAACGACUGCUGCAAGCAAUGGCUGCCCAACAGCAGCUGCCCGCCGUCCAAGCCCUCCCUCCCCAACAACAAAUUGAGCAGCCCGUGCGUCAGGAAUUGCCACACGCGGCGCCUGAGCAACGGCUGCCCGAGGAGCCACAACGCAUUGAACGAAAGGAACCGCUGGCAGCACCCCCGAGCGUGCCGGCUGCCGAGGGAGACGCCAAAAACGAGACGGUGUCCGAGACGCCGAUCAAACCCCUGGAGCUCUCCAACGCGCUUUCAGAAGUCCCGGGGGACCAAGUGGCCGAGGCAGAGAAGGAGCUGCUCAGCGAGAACCUGCCGACCCCACAGGAGUACUUCGAGCUGCUCAACUCCUACCUCCGCGAUGGAGGAUACUUUUUGCUCGACAAGGCGAGGAUGAUCCCGGAAAAAGCGAACGAAUUCUAUGACGACUAUGAGCUGGACCAGAUGCUGGCGGACAUGCGACGUGACUUCGAGCCAGAGGAGGCACCACUGGAACCCGACCACCCAGUGGUCAGUUUUCGCAAAAAGAGUAAGCUCAUGAUGAUGUUCACCGCCGUGACCUACGUCAUGGACCUGCCCUGCUCGCUCAUCGUCAUCCUCCUCUCCGGACGCUCCUGGUGCGGCCGAAAGGGCGCCACUCUGUCCUUCAGCUUCAGCGCCGGGUGCAUGCUUGUAGCCUCUGCCAUCCUCUCGAUCAGCCAAUCCACCAAGACCGUGCUCCCCGUUUCCAUGGCCGCAGCAGGGCGCUCCAUGCUCUCCGCCGUGUUCCAGAUGUGCUUCGUCUAUACCGCCGAAUGCGUGCCAACAAGCGUGCGCUGCGGCGCCCUAGGUCUGCUCCUCGGUUUCGGCAGCGUAUUCGCCGGACUCAUCAUUCCCCUCAGCGAAGUCCUCGACACCCGCUUCAAGGACACGAGCAUUCUACUCAUCGGCGGUAUCGCUAUCGCGGCGGGACUCCUGGGCACUACUACGUUACCCGACACACUCGGCCUGCCGCUCUGCGACACGCUCGAAGUCCAGGAAGUCAUGUACGAAAACCUCGGCUACCACCGUACCUUCUUCCACAGGAGGCUACACCGCGUCAUUGCCUUCGUAUAUCACAGAACCUGCUGCCUGGACAGAAUCUUCAGAGCCAGGACUCACAGCAGCGCGAGCCACAAUAACUUCGAAGCCCGUGGCCGAAGCUGGCUCAAAAACAAGAUAAACACCAAAUCGAGAAAACAGCUGUACAGGUUCCAAGUGGUUGAGAAUGAUGAGAACCAACUGGCAUCUGCGGAUACCCACUAUUAG